AUGGCAAGAGAGACAUCAGAGAGCUGUGAAGUGUGCAAACAAUACAACAACAAAGUGUCACUUGGAGCAGUGAUUGGCAGCUUCCCAAUACCUGACGCGCCAUUUCAAGACAUUUGCAUAGAUUUCACGGACAUGGGACAGGACAACAGAGUGGAAGGAAAAAGAUACCUGUUGGUAAUGGUUGACAGAUUCACCAGAUGGGUGGAAGCCAUCCCCACAGCAAGAGAAGAUGCAAAGGCUGUGAUUAAAUGGCUGAGGAGGGACCUCAUUCCAAGGUUCGGGGUCCCGCGAAUGGUCCGUUCCGACAACGGUACACAUUUCAAGAACAAACACCUGAGGGAGGUAGAGCAGGCCCUAGGAAUCACCCACAAGUUCGGGUCAGUAUACCACCCCCAAUCGCAGGGACUCGUAGAGAGAGCUAACCAAUCGCUGAAACGAAAAAUGGCCAAAAUCAUGGCCGGAACUAAACUGAAGUGGGUAGAUGCGCUGCCCCUAGCUCUAAUGUCAAUGAGAAACUCACCUGGGUCUGACACCCAUUUAACGCCCCAUGAGCUUAUGACAGGACGCAGAAUGCCAGGGCCACCAGCAGACAAUCUUAGUAUGCCUAGGCUAGAUAUUGCAAAAAUCAGAUACACAGACUACAUGCAAGCGCUAAUUUCUCUUGUUGAAAGAUUGUCUAAACAGGUGGUGGAAGUGCGCACUCCUGCUGUUGAAACCACGGACGAGAACAGAGACAUCCUGGUGGGGGAUUGGGUGAGAGUGAAGGUGCAUUCCAGAAAGUGGACGGAGCCAAGGUGGGAAGGGCCCUUCCGGGUAAAAGAGGUAUCAAGCCACUCGUUGCGGGUGAACACGAGCAAGAAAGACGUGUGGUACCACAGGACACACUGUGCCAAGGACAUAGUUCCAGGAAGGACUCUAGAUCAGGUACAACAGGACUUGGCAACAGAAGGGGAGUGA